AUGGCACCGGCUCGUGAUGACGCUAAGAUAUGGAUCCAUACGGGAAUCAAGUGGGAGGCUACAGAUCCUAGCGUAUUGAAGCAGGUUGUUGGUGCAAAAACCUCUAGCGCAGACGCACAGCUUCUGUCCGAGUUUGAGUUAAAAAUCACACUUACGAAACGCGGACCUAAAGAGGCACGAGAGAUGCCGCAUCCCCACCUCGGGGCAGUAAAGGAUGGUAGGCUUCUGGAGGAAGCCUUUGAACCAAAGAAAUACAUGGUACGCCUGGAGAAGGGGAAAUUCAUACCCGCUCUGGAUAAAGACCCUGAUGGCCGAAUGAAGUGGCGUGCUAUGUCUCCCUAUAACUACCGCUUGGUAUUUGACAAGUCUCCGUACCCGGCAGGCGAGCAUUGGAAGGAUCCAGAAAUAUGUGAUGAUGCUAAGAGCGCUCAUGAAUGGAAGGAGUUCCAUGCGGGAAGUACUAAAUACAAAUAA